CUUCAGAUGCCUGCGCUUUCCUGGAAAGAGUCACACUUGGCCUGUUAGGGAAGACAUUCUCUUCUCUCUCUUUUUUUUCUCUUCCUUCACUUCAGAGGGGAAAUUCCACCUUUACACUUAGGAGGACACCUGCAAGCGCUGAACAUCCAUGAGACCUACAACUCCCAGCAUGCACUUCUCACCCAGCCGCGCUUCCGCAGUGGAACGACCGGUGUAUUUUCAGCUCGUGUGCCCCUCGACGAUGGCCGGUCAGACUGUGAAGGCGGUGUUGUUCGACCUGGACAACACGCUCAUUGAAACAAGUCGGGCGGGCGGAGCGGCGAUGCGAAAGACCAGUGAACUCCUGAAGACCACACUUGGCCUAGACGACAACACCACCGGGGUCAUUUGUGACAAGUUUAAGCAGAAGCUCUUCCAUGAGCAAUUUGACCCUGCAGCAGGACGGUCCAUAGAUGAUGUGCGGGUGGGUCACUGGGAGGAGAGCAUCCAGGAGACUGUGAGCGGUAGUCGCACGCCCUCUCUCGCGGCUCAAUGCUACUCCAUGUGGAAAAAUAGUCGCCUGGAGGUUCUCAGUCUGUCCCCUCAAAUACGCGACCUCCUCAGACAACUGCGCAGCAGAUACAAGCUGCUGCUGCUGACCAACGGUGAGGCUCAGACCCAGAGGGAGAAGGUGGAGGCGGUCGGAUGCGAGGAGUUCUUCGAUGCCAUUGUGAUUGGGGGAGAACAUGCGGAGCAGAAGCCAUUCGCGUCCAUCUUCACGUUGUGUUUCAACACGCUGGGGGUGGAGGCGCAGGACUGCGUGAUGGUCGGAGACUCUCUGGACACAGAUAUCCAGGGGGGCUUUGAUGCGAGAGUACGGGCCACAGUUUGGAUCAGCAGCGCAGGCGGCGCUGUGGCAGAUGGCUCAGUGAUACCAGACUACACUAUCCCUACUGUGUUAGACCUGCCACAUAUUCUGGCACAACUGAAGUAAGGACAACUGGCGACUGUGACAAUAUCCGGUGGGAUCUUAUGGACAUUUUUUAAUUAUGGAAACGUUUGAAGAUUAAUGUCAUGAUCUAAACAUAUUUCGGAAGGGGGACUAUUUUUUACUCGUCUUAAGCAUCCAAUUUCUUCCUCUCUACACAAAAAAACAUGGGUUCAUAAAAUACAAUACAAUUUUUUUAUACAUAUGCUCAAACAGCUUCAACAGUAAAUGCUAUUUAUGCAGCGAAUAAUAAACAUUUCAGUAACAGGGGCGAUUUCAUUGCAGACCAAGCACUUUCUCUCAUGCUAGUUUAAGCCGAUCGUCAUUUUACUUGUUGUCGAGCUUGGAGUGGCUUCUUCCUGAAUAAUGGAUCUGAAUUCUCCUUCAAAAAGCACCAUAAUUAUCAGCAACAGAACAGUGGUACAGCACAAUUUUAUUUGACACUCAGAAUGACUGUACAUAAGUUAUUUUCUUUAAAGACCCCUCCAGAGAACAUGUCAGUCCAUUCAUUGGUGGUUUUGUCAAAGCCUUGGCUAUUAAAACACUGAACUAAGGAA